CAUCGACUAUUCACGACUCCGUCUCUGUGGGUCGUCAGUUUCAUUUUCAAUUUUAUCAUUAUCAGUAGAGCGUUUAUUAUCGUGUUAAAUCUCCGUUGAUUCCCUUAGCCUGGUUUAUCAUUUUGUGAUCAUUAUUUCUAUCAUAAAGGCGACAUUUCCAUGCCGUCCAAGAGAUGAAGUGAUUUGGCUGCACCCUGUGGACGAGGGUGAUUCACUCCGUUUUCCUCUGCUACCACAGCAUAAAUGUCAGAGCCAUGAUGUUAAGUAGUAAGUGAAGACAACAAUGGGCAGAAUAGACCGAUCGAAACUCAAGAGGAGCUACUCUGAAGUUCCUCCUGAGUGCCGACCUCUCAUAGAAAAAUUGAAGUCUUGCAAUGAAUCCGAGCUGCUUGCGGAGCUGAAACAAAUUGAUUCAUGGAACUAUGGCAAGUGUGAACUUUACCAUUGGAUCGAUGUUCUUGAUCGACUGGACUGGAUCUUGGAGAAAGCCUCUGCUAGAAUUGGUCGGCCUGACAGCUGGCAGUUAGCUUGUGAUCAACCAAAUUAUCGUGAGCUGAAAGAUUUAACACAAGCUGUUCUCAAUUUUACGGCAAUUUUGAUUGAGCAGUCCUUCUCCCGUCACUUAUAUAGCUCUGUUGAUCAUCUUCUUGUAUUACUAACGUCCUGUGAUCUAAAUGUUGUUUUGGGUGUUAUCAACUUGUUGUAUAUGUUCAGCAAGAGAAGCAAUUUCAUUCCUCGUCUAGAACAUGAAACAAGAGAUACCUUGAUCAAAUUUCUGUCCUGUCUUGCGGAAAGCUGGGGAGGCAAAGAAAAUGGAUUUGGUCUUGCUGAUUGCUGCAAGAAAGAUCGAACUCAUCUGCCUUCAACAGCCACCACUGUUCACUACGAGUUUCGCUCAAACAAUGAAUGGAAUUCAGAACAUAACUUUAAAUCAUAUAAGAAAGGCAGUGCUCAUUGCAUUCACUUAGAUAAUGUCGAUAAAAUGGGCCGCUCUCCUGCUGAAAUUAUGGAUGGGAUUGUACAAGGAUAUGAAGUCCCUAUUCCCAAUGCUACUUACUUGUUCACUCAUAUUCGAUUAGCCUGUAAUUUUACAAAUUAUGAAAGAAGACUUCUAUGCGUUCAAGUUAGACUACAAGCUUUGACUGUGUUAUUAUAUUCUAAUUCCUACUUGGAUCCUUGGACUACACUUUUAUAUCCUGGCUUGUUGGAAGAAUUAGUUGAAUUGCUAGAAUUGAACAACUCAAAAUUAGUGGAUAUUAAAGCAGCUGCGUUACGCACUUUAACAUCAAUCAUUCACAUUGAUCGAGCUCCAGGCAUACUUCCAAGGAAGCCAGCGUUGAGACUGGAUAUGAUCAUUGAUGCAACUGGAGCAGCUUUGUAUCAUGGAUUCCUACCUCAAAUGGUAAGAUCCUGUAUCAAUUCACUCGUUGAAGGUGAAAAUUCGUACUCUCUGCCUCUAGCGACGGCGCUCUUUAGUUUUCUUUAUCACAUGGCCAGUUGUGAAUCUGGUGGUGAAGCUCUUGUCAACUCAGGGAUGAUGGAAGCUCUUCUAAGAAUCAUCAAUUGGAACACUCGUCAACUAGAACACAUCCCAUUGGCGACCAGAGCUGUCAGAAUGAUCGAUUUGAUCACUAAUGUGGAUAUGCAGAUUUUCCAAAUUCACGGUGGCCUUGAAAGUUUCAUCAAUCGGCUGGAGAUGGAAAUUAAUAUCUGCAAAGAAGAGCAACCAGGCCUAGAACUACUAAGUGCCCUAACAAUUAGCGAUCAAUCCAGUGACUCAGUCGCCAAUUCAUCAGAACCCCUUAGAAAUCGUCUACAGUUUUUUCGAGGAACUGAUCCCUCAAAAAAAGUCAGCACUUGUCUAGUGCCUCGAGCAGCUCUUCUGAAAACAAUGCUCAACUUCUUGAAAAAAGCUCUCCAAGAUCCUGCUUUUUCUGAAAGUGUCAGGCACUUUAUGGAUGGAUCAUUGCCUACUUCUCUAACACAUAUAAUUAGCAAUGCAGAGUACUAUGGACCGUCUCUCUUUUUACUUGCAACAAAUGUCAUCACUGUCUGUGUCUUCCAGGAACCGUCUCUUCUCUCAACUUUCCAAGAUAAUGGACUGACAGAUUUUGUCUUUCAUGCCCUAUUAGUUAAAGAUGUGCCUGCCACUCGAGAAGUUCUCGGCUCCUUACCAAAUGUUUUCAGUGCUCUCAGUUUGAACAUUCGAGGACUGCAUGCAUUCAUCAAGUAUAAACCAUUUGAUCGUAUAUUCAGAGUUUUAAUAUCUCCCAAAUAUCUACCUGCCAUGAAAAAGAGAAGAAGUGCAGAUUCCAUGAGUGACACAGCUACAAAUCUUGGUAAUGCUAUGGAUGAGCUAAUGCGUCAUCAGCCUUCGUUGAAAACUUUUGCAUUUGAGGCGAUUAUCACGUUGCUUGAAGACUUGUGUGGCCUUGGCUAUGAUCCAAAGUUUACCUGUUAUCGACCGCAAAAGGGACAAACAGACAGUGGACGACUGCUUCCAAGAAUCGUGACUCAUGAAGUGGGUUCCAGUGAUGAAGAAGACGAUGAGGAGGAAGAAUCCUCCAGCUCCUCUCAGCAGUCGAGCUCCCAAAAUGAUUGCACCGAUGAAACUCAAGAAAAAUAUCCUAUUCCACUGAUCGACUAUAUUCUCAAUGUGACCAAAUUUGUGGACGCAAUUCUCAGUAACAAUUCAACAGAAGAUCAUUGUCGGCAAUUUGUGAUACAAGGUGGGCUGGUACCACUUUUAAAUUUGCUCAGGAUGCCCAAUUUGCCUCUGGAUUAUCCUAUCACUUCAGCAGCUCAGUCUGUGGCGACAGUCUGUAAAUCCAUUUUGAAUCUCGCCCAUGACAAUGAUGUUUUAAACAAAAGCUUGUCACAGCUUAAAAUAGUUCUGGAAGCCUUAGAACCUUUGUAUCAGUCUUCAUUCAACACGUCCAUUCUCCUGCAUGAACUAGCCAAUGUUCCAAAUUUUGAAACAGCAUUCACAGAUGCCACUGCUACACCUCUCUUGCACCAUAUGUCAGCUGUUCAUGGAUACAUCACUCUCUUAAUUUACGUGUGCAAAACAGGACAGCUGGACAUCCGUACUAUAACAAUGCAGACUUGGGGUUCCCAAAUGGGUAUUGAAAUCCUCAAGAAUUUGACGGAACUUUAUACUGCCCUGGUAUGGGAGAGCAAUGUCCUCUUGGCUCUGUGUAAAGAAGAAAUGCCAGCUGCUGACUCAAGUGAAAAAUUUGAAUUUUGUCUUGAAGACAUUAAUAAAUUGGUACCUCCAGAAAUGCGAAUGGUUGAACAUGACCAAGGUGUUUCAAAAGAUGUAGCUGGAAGCAGCAGCGGAACAAGCGCAAAAAGCCUAAAUGCUGCUCAGUUUAUCAUGUACUACUCUGACAAUUCAGAUGAUGACAUAAAACUAGGCAAGAAAAAAGAAAUUCGAGAUUAUUCCCGAAAAAAGUCCAAGAAGAACGAACCGUGCGAUGACUCUUCGAGUGACUCAGCUGAAGUCACUAAACCUGACAAACCAGAUGUAGCUUACUUGAUUCCUCCCGCAAUCCAGUUGAAGUACAUCAAACCUUUGGUAGCGGCUUCCUCGAGGUUAGGAAGAGCGCUAGCAGAACUUUUUGGUUUGCUGACCAAGCUCUGUGUUGGAUUCCCAGCUCGAACUCGCCGAGGAAACCACUUGACGAACACUCCUGUUUGUCCAACUCCAGCAGCGGAAGCAGUCUCAAAUGUGUUGGCAAACUUGUUGGCGCAAGGAUUGAACUACAGUAGAAUAUCCUCUAAACCACCGAGUAGCUAUGUGAUGACAUACCUCUUGUGUUUCGUUGGUUUCACAUCUCCAUUAUUAUUUGAUGAAAAGAAGUUACCGUACCAUUUAAUGCUUCAAAAGUUCAUUUACAGCGCCAAGGGUAUUAAAAGUUUUGUUAGGUCAUUCAUUUUUGCUCUCCAUGGCAAAGUUGAAGCCUCGCCGCCAGACAAGAAAAGGACUCUCGAUUUAAACGAUAGACCCCAGGGGACUAUUCAGUUUAUUGAAGCAUGGUUCUCACUGUUAGAGAAGAUGGUGAAUCCGCGUACUGUUCUUGAAUCAAACCAUAUGCUGCCAAAGGUUAUGCCACCGGGAGAUGGAAGAAAUUUUGAUGCUAAUCUGUACCUGCAACAGAUGCACUGGAUCGCUUUCAUUGCUGUGGAACAUUUCUUAGAUACGGUUGAGCAGAAAUGUCUUGUUUCUCUAAGAGCAACCGAUUCAGUACUUACUAUUUUGAAGCAUGUGAUGCAAGGAGAGUACAUCAUGCUUGAGAAAAGCUUGAAAUUUCAAGAAAAUGGUCUUGGACAGAUGGUGCCCAAUCUUCUGAACCCAACAAUAUAUGUCUCCCGCAGCAACACAAAUUCCAACCACAGUUAUCGCAGAGAGAUCCGAGUUGAAAAUGAAAUGGAAGCAGUUGCUGAUGGUGAACCCGGAUCAAGUAAUUCCUCAUCGGAAGAAACAGAUGAGAAAAUGUUUGAUGAGUUGGCAUGCCAGUUAGGGAGCAAAUCAGAGAAUUUAGCGCCCUACACGGUUCGCAAUGAUGCAUCUGAUUUGUACAUCCCGAAAGCUCUGUAUAAAAGAUUCAUGGACAGAAUCUUGCAGUUCAGCGUUCAAAUGCUGGAUUUGUAUCCACAAACAGUGUAUCGCUUAAGUGAACUUGUUAUUGCAGUUUUAAAACGAGGUUCUCCAGAAAUGAUUCACCAGUUUUUCAUUGACUAUUCCCAUGAGAUGUCCCUAAAGAUAAUGGCUGUUGUAAAUAUUUCUACUAGUCCAAAAGCUCUUGGUCUGAAAGCGCUAACUUUGCAAGAUGCUGUUAUCAGUCAUCAAAUUGCUGAUUUGCUUCAUUUUUACAUGCUUUUAUUUGAGGAAAUGAGAAUUGACUGUGGAAAAGCUAUGGAGAAAAAGGAUAUACAAAAAGUCCUUUUAAAGCUGUUACAAAGCACCUCUGAAGUUUUGCAACAGAGUCACAAACUGGACUAUUUAAACCUUCCAUUAAUCUCUAUGCCGAAAAUGGUUGCUCCUCUUCUAUUGGUCAUAGAUGUUAUUUUGAAAGUGUCAACCCAUUUGUCACGUAAAGCUUAUGCGCAUGAUGUUACCACUGGGGAAUGGAAGUGGUAUGAUCUCCAGUCAGGAAAGUGGAUGGCAUACACUAGUCAUAACAACAGGCUGAUAAAUGAUGCGUACUGGCGUGGUUGUCAUUCUCUUCGUAUCUCCAGCAACAGAAAGCGUUACACCAUAGCAUUUCUGGAAAUGUGUCAGUCGAGUGAGGACUCAGGUGUCCAAAGACCAAUCAUGAUGUGUCUCAAGAUGUUUGAUCCUGCAGUCGGAGGCAAAGCAUCCACAUCUGUCUCAUCACCUUCCACUGUAUGUAAAAUGUCAGAGGAACCAGCUUCUUCGUCUCCUGCAACUUCUUCAUAUCGUCCUGGAACUGAGUCGACUAACUCAGCUGAUCUUGCAGUUUAUUAUCAUACUUCUCGAACACGCAUUGUUCCCAUCAAAGGAUUUACUAAAGAUCAAAAUAAAACUAUUAUUCAAUGUUGCCUAGAAGUGAUGAAACACGUUACCAACAGUGACACUCUCCAUGCUGUUCUGCAAGUAUUAGUUCGCCUCACACGAGACUAUAAUUUAGCAAAGGAAGCUGCAAAGAAAGGAGUUGUGGAUCUUCUGCUCCAAGUUGACCAGUCUGUGAGUUUCACAGGAUUCAUUGGAUUAGCAACUAUUAUCAUUCGGCAUAUUUUAGAGGAACCUGAAGCUUUGUCUAGUGCUAUGGAAAAGGUUAUUCGAAAUAAAACUUUGACAAAUAUUCCUCCUGCUUACAAAGAGUUUCAUUACGUUAUUCGUGAAUGUGCGCCUGCAAUUGCCCGAGAUCCGGACAUGUUCAAAGCUGUCUUCAGAGAUGUCUUACGCUAUGAUGCCACUGUCUUGGAUUCUAAAGAUGCCAAAAAAGAAGAAGAUGAUGGCAGAAUCAUUUUGAAAAACCUUCCAAACACUCAAGAACCAGAUGAAAUUGGGCCACAAGCUUCUCAAGCAUUAGAGAAUAUCCUUAUGGCAUUGUACGUACAUAGUGAAGAUGACUACCUUGAUAUUACAGCCAAUGAAAUGAAUCCUUCUCUAGCUGGAAACAUAACCAAAUCAAAUGGACCAGUCACUCAGUCAGACCAUUUGAUGGGAGGUCUGUCGUCCACAGUCUUCCCGGAUGACUCAACAUUAGACAUAACUUUUAGUUUCUCUGCAAGAGCCCAACAACAGAACACAAGUUCUCCAAGCAACAAACAGCCGUACGUCUCCAACAACAAACCCAAAAAAUUGUCAGAGCAGAAAAAAUUAGGCCCUGUCAUGACUAAAUCAACGAUCUUGAAACUCCUGAGUGACGCUGUUAGGUCUUAUUCAAGUGUUGCUAAGUAUGUUACAAACUUCCGCUAUCCGGAAAAUAUAAACCAGUACGGUGUCACAAUCAAAGGGGAAGUUACUUUCAUUCGGUAUGUUUUGGACACACUACUUCCCAAGUCAGGAAGUGAGCGCACUAAAAUGAUUCACACCUUGUUUGCAUCCCUUGCUUCUUGCAAUCACUCUCCUGACUCUCAAAUGAACCUAGUCGUAGAAGUGAAAGAUGCUUUAAAGCGUGCACUCAAUGAUGAAGAAAAGUAUUCCAAGCACUCACAGAUUCAGAACUUGGUUGAUUUGAUCACAACAAUGAUAGAAAAUUGUCCUCCUGUUCCCUUAAGCUCCUCAAUGACUCUAAGCUCAUCUCUCAAGUUGAAUCAAUACAGCGUGAACAACAUGGUACGCCUACUCAUUCGGAAAGGAAUGGCUGCAGAAUUGGCCCGAAUCCCUCAGUAUAUUGAUUUGUCUGGUCCUGAGUUCACAUCUACGAUGAAUGCUGUGUUGAAACCCCUCGAAACUUUGACCAGGAUCAUGAGUCAGCCUCCUCCUCACACAAAGAACAGAGGAGAAAAAGGAGACAAAGACGCAGCAAAUAAGACACAAGUUGCAACUCGUACUGAUGAAACAGCAACUCCUGCGCCCGUUGCAACAGCAGCCACUCCAGCUGCAGAACCAGCCAGUGAUGUCUAUGAAAUCUAUGAAAUCCCCCCUGCACAAGAAAUGGAAGACACUUACGAUCGCCAUUUUGAAGAGACUGUACAAAGAACUGUCCAAAGAAUGCUGUCUGAAUCACAUGACCUAACUCCUCUGCAUUCAUCAACAUCCACCUCAAACAAUCAGAAUCAAACUGAAGAUGAUGAUGAUGACGAUGAUGAUGAUGAGAGCUCUGGUGCUAGUAGCUCUUCUGACUCCAAUCUGGCAACACUGCAAGAAAGCAAUCUAGAUGAUGCUGACGCAGACACUGAAGUCGAUGAAAAUGUCAAUGCUGAUGAUGACACAGAAGGUGACGACCAUGAUGAAGAAGACUGGAUUGGUUUUGAGGAGGACGCAUUAACUGUAAUGAGAGGUGACAGAGUUUUCAGUGUUCAUCUGGAUAGGAAUGAUUUGAAUAACAGACUGGUUGCUGGAAGAAAUCAAAGAACAACACGAAUCCGCCACAUCGAUAGCUUACCCAUAGCUCCUGACCUCAUAUCAAGAUUUAACAGCAGUCUGAGAAAUUCAAUUCUUGGUGCUGGAGGACUGCGCUCUGUUGACCCUUCAAGUGAUCUACAGAUUCAAACUUGGCCAGCUUUCACAAAUUUACGAAGUCGUUCAACUAUUGGUUCCACAAGUAAUGGAGUGAACAAUGAAGUUGCAUCCACCAGAGUUGUUGUCAUGGACAAUGGUAUAGGUUUGAUUACCAACUCCGAGGAAGAACAAAUCAAUUUUGUUGACCAGUCGGGCUAUCUACUUGGUCCAAGUCUUGCAGCCACUCUUAGUAAUAUUCCGACUGCAAUGCACUAUUGGACAGAAGAAUCUCGACUGCUUGAUGCUGAUACUCUACCAUACCUAGCAAUGAGCAUUGCUUAUGAUCUUCUUCCUUUCUUCGAGAGUCAACGAACAGUGGAAGUGCAAACAAAGAAAGAAAAGAGCAAGAAAGUAGAAGAUGAACAAAAGGCCUCUGCUUCAAAGAAAACUUCCAAAAAAUCCAAAGGAGGAUCGCCACCUGCAGAGACAACUGUUGCUGCGACAGAAACUCUUGUAAGAGAGGUGCCUGUGCCGGCAGCUCCUGCCCCAGUUCCAGUCUCAGCGCCGGUUGCUCCUGUUGCGCCAGUGGCUCCAGCUGCCCCUGUGGUCCCUGCCACAUCCGUCCCAAGCUCAGUAUCGUCUGUCGCCAUCCCACCACCCCGCACACCGCAAGGCUCUCAGACUCCUUCGUAUCGUGAUUUUGCCGAUGCUCAACGUUUUGCACUCACUUACCAAGCGCUGCUUGCCAAUUGGCAGCAAACCGAUGAUCAGGAUAUCACCGAUUCCGCCAUGUUGUCCAACUGGAUGUGCAGGCAAGUGGAAGCAUUGCAAAGCAGUUUGAACCGUUUGACACAAGACCUCACGGAUUUAAGUACACCAAAUGCUAGUCCCAUAAUGAACAUAGCUAAUACAACUUCAACAACUGCACAAACAACAGUAUCAACAGUUGCCAGUUCCACCGCGGCCACAGUAACCGCAGCAACAGUCGUAAGCACUGCGAGCACAACAACUAGCACCACAGCAACUAUUGAGCCAACCCUCAGUGCUGCACCCCCCUCUGCUCCUCCAUCGCAACCUGAAACUGCUCCCCCGGCUACAGCACCUGCCGUUUCCGAUUCCUCUGCAAAUGCCGACUCUUCAACGCUCCAAAUACCUGAGGGUGUCGAUCCAUCAUUCUUGGAGGCCUUGCCAGAAGAUAUGAGGACAGAAGUUAUAACAGAACACUUAAGAUUGGAGAGACUGAGAGAAUCAUUAAAUGCUGCGGGACAGGGUGGUGGAACAAGCAUGCAAGUGAAUGCUGAUUUCUUAGCUGCCUUACCUCCCAGUAUCCAAGAAGAGGUGCUUAUCCAACAAAGAUUGGAGAACCAAAGACAAGCUGCUGCCACUGCAGAUCCUAACGAUCCUGUAGAUCCAGCGGAUUUCUUCGAAAAUCUUCCACCGCAAUUGAGAACUGCUAUUCUGUCGGAUAUGCAUGAGUCGCAAAUCACUGCUUUGCCUCCCGAGUUGCAAAGAGAGGCUAGAGGGUUGAGGAGAGAAUAUACGGAAAGACAUGGGUUUGAAGAUAGUCUGUAUUCGCUUCGAUCUGAUGGGACAACGCAAAAUAACCAGCCACGUUCAACAAAUAAUACCUCUUCAACUAGUGUUCAUCCUGUCACAUUUGUGACUCGGCAAAUCUUAGACAAUGAAGCUGUUGCGUGUUUACUAGUUUUGCUCUUCCAUGAUGAUAUGAUGAGGUUAAACACAGCUCGCUUACACAGAGUCAUAAGAAAUGUUUGUUGUCAUGCUCCAACUUUAGACUGGGUUUUCAGGGCAUUGUUAUCCAUAACAGACAAGUGUAAUGAAGCUGUAUCCAUGCAUCAAACAAGAAGUGUCACCAGAGCUGUCAAAGAUAAUUCUCAAGUUAGAGAUGUUGAACCGCGCAAUUGGCUAAAUUUAAGCCUAGAAACAGCUUUAGGAAGCCGAACUGUUGUAUUCAAUAUUCAGAAAACUUCUGGUCGGCGUGGAGAUAGAAUAAUCACCAUUCAUCCGAUCGCUGCACCUCUAGCUUUUAGGAACACUCUUGAACUAUUGUCUUCCAUGGUAACCGUGUUUGCCCCAUUCUUUGUCCCAAAAAGCGACGUAGUGCCUUCAUUUUUAAAUUCACCGCAGCCUUCAACUUCUAAAUCAAGACAUUCUUCUGGUAAAUUAAGUGUACAGAAAGUGGAUUACAGUAAUUUUUGGGAUAUUUUAAAUCAUCUAGAUAACCAAGUGCAGUCGAAGAAAGGUAAAACCCUGAGCAGAGCUCAUUCAUUUGGGUCACUUGCCUCACAGCCCUUGAGUCACCCGAGCAACAAUUUUGAUGUUUCUCCGUUUGGCAGAGUGCUCAAACUGCUCUCUUCGCCUGUUGUCAAGAAGAACUCCUUGUUGAUGGACAAACUUCUUAAUCUCCUUGCACAGAUGUCCUCAGUUGUCAAUUGCACAAACCAUGAUUCAUCGGAAAAUUUAAUAACUCCAAGUGAUUUGCAAUUAAACACAGUGAUUGAAGUGCUCACUUCCAACAGCUGCUCUGAGCAUGGCUUAGAAGAUGCAACUCGGUUCCUUAUUAGUAUAUCAAUGUAUGAUAAUUCAAUUCGAUCAUCGGUUCUUUUGUUGUUGAUGGACGGUGCAAGGAAACUAGCAGAUCAAAUCUGCAUUUUAAUCAAAGCUCUUUUCAAAGAAUUGAGGUCGUUAAGUAAAUCGCAACCUCAAAUGGAGGAACAAGAUGAAAGUAGUUUAGAUUACAGCAGAGCAUCUACGUCAAAAGGAAUUGUUUCCAAUAGGUUUUCAAAAGAUAGCAUUGUUGUGAUAAAUGGUCCUGUGAAACCCUUGAAAUCUAGUGUUGAUCUCCAGCUUUGCUCCAUGGCUCCUUUAGUUUCCAAAACAUCAAGUCAAACUUUCUUUUUGAGGAUUCUCCGUGUGAUCUUGCAGUUAAGAGCACUAGAAGUUGGUGUUAAGAAACAAGCUAAUAACAAUGUGAGUCCACCUGAGGAGCGGGAUGAGGCUAAUGCUAGGCGCGAAGAACAAAAUAAUGUAAAUAACUUGAAUGAAAUUAAUAGAAAUAGAGGAAGUUCAGAUAGUAGUCUGAACAUAAUUGAAAAUAAUUUGAGAGACACAGAGACUGCAAGGAGUGAUGCAAUGGAAGCUUCAGAUGUGACGAGUAAUGAGACUAACAAUGUUGCUACUGAUACUGCCGCAACGAAUCCAAUUCCUCCGCCUGUUGGCAAUCAACCUGUAGAUGAAGAAACCGUUUCUGCGGAAAGUAAUCAACCAGCUAAUGCUGAUACACCUGUAGCAAUGUCUGUUGGGAACUCACCGCAACCAGAGCCUCCUCAACCACCACCUCCUAAACUGAAACCUUUGAGUGAGCAACUUCAGUUGGAUCACCUUUGGGACACGUUGAGUUCGUGUUUGACUGAAUUAGCAAGAACGCAGGACUAUCAUGCAGUUUUAAUUUUGCAGCCGGCUAUCGAGGCCUUCUUCUUAGUUCACACUGCUGAUAAUGAUUCCACCGAGACUCAGAGUAAUGCAACCCAAACAAAAACUCCAAGUAACAGUACCAGUGCAAGCACCAGUAGAGCUGAGUCGGCUAAUGAAGUUGUGAUGGCUGAAGAUGGUCCGUCCUCAUCUAAUACUGAAAUGUCGAGUGACUCAAAUCCGUCAGUGCCCUCAACAAGCAGCUCCACUAGUUCUCAACAAAAAUUCCUCAAAUUUGCUGAGACACACAGAGCCGUUCUGAAUCAAAUUUUGCGGCAAUCAACAAUCCCAUUACUCGAAGGACCGUUUGCUGUUCUCAUCAAUCACACUCGCAUACUAGACUUUGAUGUCAAGCGCAAAUACUUUAGGAGUGAGCUGGAUCGAUGUGAAGAAGGCCAUAGGCGAGACGAAGUGGCUGUUCAUGUACAAAGAAGCAAUGUGUUUGAAGAUUCGUUCCGGGAACUGUUUAGAAGAACAUCUGAAGAAUGGAAGAAUAGGUUCUAUAUUGUCUUCGAAGGGGAGGAAGGUCAAGAUGCUGGUGGUUUGUUGCGUGAAUGGUACAUGAUCAUCUCCCGAGAUAUUUUUAAUCCGAUGUAUGCCUUAUUCAAAACCUCUCCAGGUGACCGCGUCACCUACAUGAUCAAUCCGUCAUCUAAUUGUAAUCCAAACCAUCUUUACUACUUCAAGUUUGUUGGAAGAGUGAUAGCCAAAGCAAUUUAUGACAACAAAUUAUUGGACUGCUAUUUCACGAGGUCUUUCUAUAAGCACAUAUUGGGCAUACCAGUCAAGUUCACUGACAUGGAAAGUGAGGACUAUACAUUCUAUCAAGGACUAGCAUAUCUAAUGGAAAACGGCGUCUCAAGUCUGGGCUAUGAGUUAACUUUAAGCACAGAGGUUCAAGAAUUUGGUGUGACAGAGGUACGAGACCUUGUUCCCAAUGGUAGAUUCAUACCUGUCACUGAAGAAAACAAAAUGGAUUAUAUUCAGCUUGUUUGUCAAAUGAAAAUGACUGGAGCUAUUCGUCAACAAUUAACAGCUUUUCUUGAGGGAUUUUAUGAUAUCAUUCCAAAGAAACUAAUCAGUAUAUUCAACGAACAAGAGUUGGAACUGCUGAUAUCAGGCUUACCAAAUGUGGACAUAGAUGAUCUCAAGGCGAAUACUGAAUACUACAAAUACCAACCAAAUUCCAUUCAGAUUCAGUGGUUCUGGCGAGCUCUGCGUUCCUUUGAUCAAGCUGAUAGAGCGAAAUUCCUUCAGUUUGUUACCGGGACUUCGAAAGUUCCCCUCCAAGGUUUUGCAGCUCUUGAAGGCAUGAAUGGGGUGCAAAAGUUCCAAAUCCAUCGCGAUGAAAGGUCCACGGAUCGUUUACCGUCUGCUCACACUUGUUUCAAUCAGCUGGAUUUGCCGGUCUAUGAAUCUUACAACAAAUUGUACACCAAUUUGCUGAAAGCAAUCCAUGAGUGUUCGGAAGGAUUCGGUUUUGCUUAAGCCAUCUCCAAUCCACCUGUGGAAUGCGGCAAACUUCAAUUGAUGGAAUUUUAUCCUUGAGUUGGUGAAUCAGUCCAAUUUCCAACGUGUCUUUUAUAUUCCCAUUGCUCGGUUACAUCCUCGUUCCAUGUUGUUGAAUAUUGUCCGGAGGCUUUUAAACCAACCUAAGAACUAGUUUUUGGAAUCAACAUGUUCCUUUGUUAAUUUUAGCUUGAUCUAUCCCUGCACUGUUUUGUUUUCUUCAGGUUUGUUGUAAUAUUAAAUUCGUGUAAGAAAUUUCUGUGUCAAAUUUCGUUACUUGUAAUAUUAUUCUCAGUGAUAAUUUUCUCAGUCUUAAUAAUCAACCUAAUUUUAUGGUAUAGUUUUUUUGGGCCUCUCUUGUUUUGGGAUUCUGACUUUUAUUUGUAUAUCUACCUCCUUUCCUAUUCCUCUGUUUUGUACAUUCUGAUAUUUUAUGGUUAAUCCUUGUAAAUUUUUAUUUUCUCCUUUUUUCUUUUUUUCUUUUUUUUGUUAGGUAAAGUCUUGGUAAUGCUAUUGUUGAAGAAGGUACGUUUAAGAUAAAUCAAGCAUAAAGUAUAAGUUGUUUAGUUCCAUCCUCCUAAUGUGGCCCCAUGAUAGUCGUAUCUGACAGAAUUUAAUCUCAUCCUUCUUAUCCAUUUGGCCACUUUCCAAAAAUUGCUAUGCUAGUAGGUCCUUUUCGAAAUAGUACCUUUGUCGAAAUUUGAGAGGAAAUCAGUUCAUCUAAUUUUUAGAUUGUACAUAAGUAAACAUUUUGUCAAUAAGAAAUUGUAAAGUAAUUGUACAUCAUCUACUUCUGUAAUAAUAAAGAAAAAAAGGAAGAAAAAAAAACAAAACGAAAAUAUGCUGUCUUUCCAAAGUUUUAUUUUGAUUUAAUCUUGCAAAGAUUAAGAUGAUGUAGCACCUUUUUCAUGAUAAUUUAGAAAAUUACUAGUCUCGUUCUUUUUGGAUCAUUUUCUUACUUUAUUAAUUGUUUUUCCUUGCUGUGAAUGAAAUCAGUUCUGCAUUAAGCUACACUUACGCAAUUGAAAACCUCGUAUGUGUGGUUCCUUUUUGCUCAAUGCAGUUAAACUAAUCUGUUUUACUUCGGUUCAUGCCCCUUCAUUGGUGAAGGGGAGAAGAGUCCAUUUUUUAUAAACAUAUUUUUGAAUCAAAGUUUAUUAUUUUUUUAUUUGCAGUACUUUUGUUUAUAAUUUCUAUUACGUUGAUCAUAAAGUUUAUGUUAAUGGUCUUAACUGUUAAAUCACUGAAAUCAUGCCGAAGAUAGUUAUUGAUCAUUCAUUUUAUGUAACAAGUUGAAAGUUUCUGUGGUAUCAUAUGGAGAAAACAGGGAAAAAAUGAAUAAAUAACUUUGAAAAAAUUCCA